CUUUCAUAUCAAUCGGCUUCUCUUAUGCAUUCCCCAAGUCCAUCACGGUCUUCUUCAAAGAGAUCGAGGUGAUCUUCGACGUGACCAGCAGCCAGGUGUCCUGGAUCUCCUCCAUCAUGUUGGCCGUGAUGUACGGCGGAGGUCCGGCCGGUCCCGUGAUGAGCAGGCCUCGUUCUUGAGGGAACAUGGAGAGAUCAAAGUUCAAAGCAGCUCCCCUCGUCCCUGCAGACGGUCCGGCUCUGAAGUCAAAACACUGCGGCUCUCUUUACCCUAAUGUGUGAUCAACUGGGAAAGAUGAUGACACAGGCAACUUUCUCUAAUCUCAGGAAAGUUGCUGGAAAGUUGCCUCAGCGUACCAAACUGAUUUCAAGUGGAAACUCUAUAAUAUACCAGCAUAUAAAACACUUUAUAUCCAAUCUUCUUUUUCUGGCAUGAGGCUAAAAUGUAUUUGCAAGAUCUGCAAGCAAUCAAAUAAAAGGAGACAGUAUUUUCUUGCUAAGCCGGAAUAGCUAACAUUGCAUAUUGAAUGUUUAAGAUAAAGAUUUAUAUUGUAUUUUUUACUACAUAUUUUCUAUUAAGGCAAGUUUCCACAUAUCUGCCGUUAAAGGAGUCGGUGCUGCUUAUGCACGUAGCUGCAGGGCGACAUGCAAGCAAUAGAAGAGGCAGGGGCCGCUUUAUCUGUGAAGCACAUUUCAUACACAGAGGUAGAGUCAAGGUGCUGUAUGGGUAAAAACAACACAGACACACAAUAACAUGAAAUCAAAAGGCCCAUUUCAAGCAAUAUAAGAGAAAGAGGUAGGUGAAGAGAUUAAAAGAUGUAAAAGACAUGAAAUGGAUAAACACAUGUAUAGAAAUGUAAAAAUAUGUUAAAGGAUUAAAAUCCUUAGUUUUUUUAGUCUGAAUAUAAACGCUGCAAUGGACAGAGGGGGGGGCGGCCUGUGCUGGAUAAUGACUGAAGGCUGCUUUCUGAUUGACACUGUUGAUUUGUCUUUCUUUUUUUUAUUGUCCACUUAUCCAUUAUCUUUUUCGCGUUUCUUGGAAAGUCUCCAGUGUAUCACAGGGCCAAUACACAGAGACAAAAUAAGACAUCAAACUCACACCUACAAUCAAUUUAGCAUCUCCAAUCAACCUGACCCGACUCUGCAUGUUUUUGGACUUUGGGAGGAAGCCCACAAAAACACGACGCAGCAAGACCCCAUCCGAGUUGGGGUUUGAACCAGGAAACUUCCUACUUUGCCAACCCCUGCAACACCAUGCAGAUAUUGUGUAAUAUCUGUUAUCAGAAGCAACACAUAAUGAAUUUAAGCUCUUGUGGGUUUAACUUAUCCGCUGUAUAAGUGAUAUUUGCACCUCUCCUCACAAGUUCGGAGCCUCAGUCGACCCGGUGUCUCUCAAUGUCCCCACGUAACUUUGCCAGUUAAUGCAAAUGUUGUCUUUGUACAUAAAUACACACUGAUGAAAAGGAAGCUAUGCAUGAUUGUUGAAAGUAAGUGACAAGUUGUUUCUCGGAGCUGUGAGUGGAUGACAGCUGACGUUGUUGCUGUUUGUUCAACAUUCCGAGCACACCAGCGGAAGUUCAUUAACAAGUCACUGUUGCAUACCUCCACACUCCUUCACUUUGGGAUUCAUUACAAUAAUAUUCUACAUUGGUUUGUCUCUUCCUUUUUUUUUUUUCGAAUCUUCUCUCUGCAAGGCGGAAGGAAAAAAUUCAUUGUUGGGAGUGCGGUCUCUCUGUAUUCGAAUUUAAAAACCCUUUGUCUUGCAGCGUGCUGGCAAAUGAGACUGGACAACCACUAAACAAAAUCUGUCAGUUUCCAUUUGGGUUCAUUGGGUAGUGCAGGGAUUUGGCAGAGAGGCAGAAGUGUCUCCUGCAUGGAUCCUCACACUCAUUUAGGCCAGUUGUUAUAAGCAGUAGAUGGAGGUGGUGUUCGGUGACCUGAACCCUGCUUUGGAUUUUCAGCCAUUUGUUUACAAGUUAUUGGGAUUUUGUUGAAUUGAUGUUGAAUCCAAGGUGCAUGCAUAUUAAUGAGUUAGUCUACUCUUGGCUGACACACACACACACACACACACACACACAUACACUUGCAUACUCACACCCACUGAGUUGCUUCCAAUAAUAAUUUCAAAUGUGUUUAAAGUCCAUUUAGAAAGAAUUCACAAACAAAUCAUUCCUCUGUCAAUUUAUAUGAAUCUCUGAACCAACUAAGUGAUUAUUUCAUUACAGCUUUCAUGGUUUUUCUGACAGAUUGCAUUAUUAAUGACAGGAGAACACAUCUACUGCAGUGCAGCACUCACAAAAAAGCGAUUGCAGGAGUUGUUUGAAUGCGUUGAGCCACAGAUGUGACACUAGAGCCCUCUGGUGGUUAAAUAUUGAACUGUGCAUUGAUAAUGGAAUAGAUGUCAGCAUCUCUCAGUUUUAAUAUACAUGUUUUUUUGUUUUUUUUCUGUUAAGGUCCCAUCAGCAGCAUCCUGGUGAAUAAAUAUGGGAGUCGUCCUGUUAUGAUGGCCGGAGGAUGUCUGUCUGGUUUGGGCCUCGUUGCUGCCUCGUUCUGCAAUUCCGUUGAAGAACUGUACUUUUGUAUUGGAGUAGUGGGAGGUUUGGGUUUGGCCUUCAACCUAAACCCAGCCCUCACCAUGAUUGGAAAAUACUUCUACAAGAAGCGUCCUAUUGCUAAUGGCAUUGCGAUGGCUGGCAGUCCUGUGUUCCUCUCCACCCUGGCUCCUCUGAACACGUGGUUCUUCGACCGGUUCGGCUGGAGAGGAAGUUUCCUGAUCCUCGGCGGCCUGCUCUUCAACUGCUGCGUGGCCGGGUCCCUCAUGCGGCCAAUCGGACCCAAACCCAAAUCAGUGGAGGAGUCCACAGAGAGUAAGACGGUGAUCCAGACCAUCAACAGCUUCAUUGACCUCUCUCUGUUCAAGCACCGUGGGUUUUUGCUCUAUAUCCUGGGCAACAUCAUCAUGUUCUUCGGCCUCUUUACUCCUCUGGUGUUCCUCAGCAACUUUGCCAAGAGUAAAGAGAUCCCAAAAGAAAAAGCAGCCUUCUUAUUGUCUGUGCUGGCCUUUGUCGACAUGGUCGCCCGGCCCUCAAUGGGCAUGGUAGCAAACACCAAAUGGGUGCGGCCCAGGAUACAGUACUUCUUUGCUGCCUCUGUGCUGUACAACGGUGUGUGCCACGUCCUAGCUCCCAUGUCAGUGGACUACACAGGCUUUGUCAUUUACGCCAUCUUCUUUGGGUUUGCGUUUGGCUGGCUGAGCUCAGUGCUUUUUGAGACCUUGAUGGACCUGGUGGGAGCUCAGCGUUUCUCCAGCGCUGUCGGCCUGGUCACUAUUGUGGAGUGUGGACCAGUGUUGCUGGGCCCCCCUUUGCUUGGAAGGUUCAAAGACAUCUAUCAUGAUUACAAGUACACGUACCAGGGCUGCGGGAUCAUCCUCAUCGUCUCCAGCGCCUUCCUGUUUGCGGGGAUGGGACUCAACUACCGGCUGCUGGACAAAGAGAAAAGAGAGGAGGAGAAGAGGGCCCGGGGGGGAGGUGGAGAGCAGGAGUCCAACAGGGACAAUGCCGCCAAGGAAGUGGCGGACGCCAGGAAGACAGACGACACCGUCUAAUCUUCUGCACCACGUUAGGUUACAGUGUCACCAAAUUAAUUUUGUCUGUGAGAUGUAUAUCAUAUAUCAUAUUCAUUAAAACAGAUGCUUAUGUGAAGCAGCACAGAGAAACAAUGUUCUGUUUCAUAAUGCAUUGUAUUUGAGGACCACCAAAGAAAUCAUUGCUUCAUUUGCAAAACCAUGUAAAAUAUUUACACACCUAUUAAAGCCCUUUAAACUUUUAUAAAACAAUUCACAUAUAAUACCUCUGAUAUUCUUCUAUGGACUGGUAUAAUGGGUUUGGUAGACUAUUACAUUUUACUUUGCCUUUAAUGUCACUAUAAUAUAUUAAUAGUGAUUU